GACCUGCGGGUGCAGGAGGGCCAAUAUCCCAGCGAUGAAACGCCACUGGAGACCGCAUGGACCUUCUGGUACGACAAGAAGACCAGCGAUCGCAAGGAAAGCGAGCAGUACAUGGAAGGUCUGAAGCAGUUGGGCAGCUUCAACACCAUUGAGGGCUUCUAUCGGCACUACAGCUACUUGCUGCGGCCCUCAGAGGUUCCAAGGGAUCACAAUGUGCUUCUCUUCCGCAAGGGAUACAGACCCAUGUGGGAGGAAUUCCCGGAGGGUGGGUGCUGGAUCAUCCGUAUCAAGCGGAAGGCUUCACAGAACUAUGUGAAUCGCAUGUGGGAGAACCUCCUUUUGGCCUUCAUCGGAGAGGAAUUCGAGCUGCCAGACGUGGUGGGCUGCGUGCUCUCCACCCGCCUCAAGGACGAUGUGCUGUCGGUCUGGAAUCUGACCAACAGGGACAAUUCCGCACGCUUCCGUAUUGGCGAGAAGUUGAAGGAGGUCCUGGGGCUGGAUAUGAAUGCCUUGAUCCAAUACAAGGAUCACAUGCAAAGCCUCCAGGCUGGCAUGACGAAUCGGGUCACCAUGCCGUCUCCAAUGGAAGAGAAGAUGAAAGCCAUGUUGGCCCUGAAUGCCAGAGGAGGCAAGCAGGAUGCCAAGGUCGAGGAAAGAUCACUGGUGCUUUCGGAAGGAAAUCCUCAAGCAGGGUCAAGAGGUCAAGAGACUUGGGACAUGGUGGGGCAGACGGAGCUGGUGCCGCAGCAACAAGUUGGGAGAAGAUCGCGGAACGCAGGCAUCCACACCAUCGAAAUCUACUGGCCGCAGUUCUAUUUCACCCAAGUUGACAUGGAGGAGUUUGAUGCCAAACCAGACAGGUAUGGCCCGACAGUCAUCGGGAAAUACACCAAAGGCAUCGGCCAAGUGGAAGCGCGCUUCCCCACCGAUGAUGAGGAUCCCAUCUCCUUCUCCAUGACUGUCGUCCACCGACUACUGGAGAGGAUGGAACAAAAAGGCAUCAACGAGACGGGGAACUACAUGCCCAAUGGGCAGCCUUUGAGUGUCUGGAACGCUAUUGGCCGCAUAGACAUCGGCACCGAAUCUAUUCAGGACCGGUCCAAAUCGAUGAAGUCCUAUGUGAUGGACAUCUUUGAGCGCUAUGCCAACGAGUCCAACAUCGAGGGUGUGGAUCAAUACAACGCAUGCUAUGGCGGUCAAGCCUGUGGGCUUUGUACUUUGAGUUGGGUUGAGUCAGAUCGCUGGGACGGCCGCUACGGCAUUGCGGUGGCCACGGAUAUCUCCGAGGCUCAUCCAGGCUUCAUGGCCUUCGUUGGAGCGGCAACCACUGCGACGCUCUUUUUCCCGGACGCGCCCAUGUCUCACCACAGUCAACGCGCCUCCUGUGUGCUACAUCGUUUCGACUUCUGCAAACCGGUUGGCUGGCAUGAUAUGGCACCCAUCACCGAUGGCAAGUACAGUGUGGAGUGCUACCUUGACGCGUUGGAUGCCUGUCAUUCGACCUUGAGGCAGAAGCUGAAUGGACGUGGUCCUUUAGAGGUGACCGACUUGAACGUCUUCCACACUGGCGGUGGUUAUCACAUUGUGAAGAAGGCUUUUGAACGACUUGUACGAGCGGAGCAGAAAGGCAUUAAGCCGGAUGAGAAGGAGCGACUCGUCCAGGAGAAGCUCGCGCCCUCUGUGAGUUUGUUGAAGAUCAUCGGACCCUGCCACACCGUCUCGUCAUUCCUGAACACUUCUUCUGUCAUCAUGAACAAGAUGGAGCAGGCCUUAGGGAAAAUCAUCCUCGUUUUCACGUAUGGCUCUGGUUGUGCAGCGAGCAUGUACCAGAUGCGCGUGGACGAUGUUCCUUUCUUCGACCCCUUGGAAAUCUGGAAGCUACAGUUCUAUCGCAACGCCAUCAAGGUCACCCCAGAGGAGUCGGUCCCAUUGCACCACUACUAUGUGCAGACGUGGAUGAAGUUCGACUACUUCCCACAGGGUCGAAGGACGUGCAAGAUCUCUUUGUGGAAGUAUGAGGAAGAUGUCUACUACCUCAUGCAGAUCGACAAGUUUGGGCGCCGCUUUUAUCAUCGAGGUGGACUCUCAACUGGCCCUCUGGAUCCCAGCUUGAAGCUGCCCGUCGAUAAGGCGGAGGAGCGGCCGACCCGCGAGAGUUGGGGUCCCGUUCUGGUGCGACCGGAAGAGAAGCCCAAGAUGUUGACCAGCAGUGGCUUGGUGGUCGAACAUCCGCUAACAGCAGGUUUUCUGACCAGUGUGAAGAUUCCGCAAAGCAAAGGGCCACACAUGUCGGUGCCGCUUUCACGACUGAUCAACAUGGCUGCGGCCAUCGCCUUUUGGACAGCCAGUUUAGACGUUGGUCUAGCAGGUUGA